AUGGCCGACGAUAACAAGCAACAAGCCAUUGCUGAAAAGGAACUUGGCAAUCAGGCUUACAAGAAGAAGCAAUUCGAAGAGGCUCUCUCUCAUUAUGAAAAGGCCUGGUCUCUCGAUGACACCAACAUUUCCAUUCUCACCAACAAGGCUGCUGUAUUGUUCGAGCAAGAAAAGUAUGACGAGUGCAUCAAGACUUGUGAAGAAGCUAUCGAGGUCGGUCGCAGCGUCCAUGCAGAUUACAAGCUUAUUGCACGUGCAUUGCAACGUAUUGGUAACGCCCAUGUCAAGUUGGAUCAAUUGGAUAAGGCCAUCCUCUCUUAUGAAAAGUCUUUGACUGAGCAUCGUACUCCUGAUACUCUCCAAAAGUUGCGUGACACCCAAAAACUUCAAAAGGAGCGUGAGAAGGCAGCUUACUUCAACCCUGAGCUUGCUGACAAGGCACGUGAAGAGGGUAAUGCACUUUUCAAGCAACAAAACUGGCCCGGUGCUAUUGAGCAAUACACUGAAGCAAUCAAGCGUAACGAUAAGGAUGUGCGUCCCUAUUCCAAUCGUGCAGCAUGCUAUCUCAAGUUGAUGGCAGUCUAUGAAGCAGAGAAGGACGCUAAUCGUUGUAUUGAGCUUGAUCCCACUUUUGUACGUGGUUAUAUCCGCAAGGCUGCUGUUGAAUUUGCAAAGAAGGAAUAUCAAAAGUCUAUUGACGUCCUCAAGGAAGCUCAAGAACACGACAAGGAUGGCAAGUCUGCCCGUGAAAUCCAACAACAAAUGAUGAAGGCAUACAAUGCCAUGAACCCAAUGGCUGGUGGUGGUGGUGCUUCCGAUGAUGUGUCUCAAGAGGAAGCUUUGAAGCGUGCAGCACAAGAUCCCGAAGUUCAGCGUAUUUUGAUGGAUCCUGUCAUGCAACAAAUUCUUCAACAAAUGCAACAAGAUCCCAAGGCUGCACAAGAACAUUUGAAGAACCCUCAAGUUGCCAGCAACAUUCGCAAGUUGAUGAAUGCCGGUGUUCUCCGAGUAGCAUAA